AUGCACAAACAUAUUAAAGCGGUAGAGAAAGAAAUACAGAAAGAAGAACCAGUUCUAUUACUCAUAUUUGAACUGAUUGUCCUGAAAGAAAUGUAAGAAUGUUUGAAACUGUCAAAUGUGUAUACCUAUGGUCAAGAAUUAGGAGGUGAUAAGCAAAACAAAGUGUUAAAUUUUGUUACAUUGGAACAGGGUCUUAUGGUUGGGAAGUUGGAGCUGGAAGAGGCAAUGCUGCAUUUGCUUUUGGAGCACCUGGUUCGAGUUCAUUUGGUGAAAGCAGCUUUAGUAGCAAAACAGUUGAAGGCGAUCAAGUGGCUAGGUGACACCAGUUUGAGAAGUGGUGAUACCUUUGUUGGUGAUAGCUCUGGAAAUUUGGAACCUGGUUUAGGGUCUUCUGGUCAGCAGGGAUUGAAAAUCGAUGAACUUGAAAGGGAUAGCUUGAGUGGCAGUGCAUCUGUUGGGGCUGGAUUUAAAGAUCUUGGAUCUGAUGUUAGUAGCUCAGUUGAAACAGAGUCUUUUGGUUGGGAAGUUGGAGCUGGAAGGGUCAAUGAUGCAUUUGGUUUUGGAACUUCUGGUUCAAGUUCAUUUGGUGACAGUGACUUUAGUAGCAAAACAGCUGAAGGAAAUCGAGUGGUUAGAUCUGAAGGAUCCAUUUCCAGUGAUCUAGGUGACACCAGUUUGAGAGGUGUUAGUACCUAUGUUGGUGAUAGCUCUGAAAAUCUGGAAUCCAAUUUAGGGUCUUCUGGUCAACAGGGAUUGGAAAUCAAUGAACUUGGAGGGGAUGGCUUGAGUGGCAAUGCAUCUGUUGAGGACGAACGCAAAGGCCUUGGCUCUGAUGCCAGUAGUUCAGGAGGAAACAUUUGGUCUUCUAAUUCUGGAAGUGGUGAAGGAAACAAGGGUGCAGCUGGACUUGGUGUUGGUACCUCUGGACCAAACAUAUCUGAUGAAACUGGCGUUAGUGGUACAGGUGAAGCUUCUACUUGGGGCAAAGGAGCAUAUAAAGCUUUCAACGGUCGUGUUUUUUCCUUUGAGUCUUCAUGCACGUAUACUUUCUGCCGUCACUGUGUUGAAUCGGGAGGAGAUUUCAAUAUUGAGAUCAAACGAAACAAUGAUAGUGAGAUUGAAAAAAUAACAGUUAUAAUUGACAACAAUGAUGUCUCUAUCUUUGGUGAUAUACUUUUAGUUAAUGGUGAAAGUGUUCAGAUACCAUAUAACAAUAAGUUGAUUCACAUUAAAAAAUAUGGAGAACAUAAUGUUCUGAAUAGUCGAAGAGGAAUCCUGUCUUUAAUGUGGGACAAAAACAACAAACUCUCACUCACUCUUCACAAGCAGUAUCCAACUUGUGGUCUUUGUGGUAACUUCAACAGCACUCCAGGAGAUGAUAUCAGUGAGCACAUUGCCGAUAGUAAAAUUCCUGGUGAUUGUUCCAAAGCUGUUAGUAAAAGCUAUGAAGUUUGUGAAGAUGGAGUACAGUACUGUAACAAAAUUAUUGGAACCUAUUUUGAGAAAUGUGGAAAGGUUAGCACUUUAUCCAGUGACUACAAAAUGAUCUGCAUUGAUGAGUACUGCCAAAGUAGAAACAAAACAUCCACAUGUGACACUUACUCAGAACUGUCCCGCCUCUGUGCCUCGGAUGGCCCUGGCAUCUUUGAAUCCUGGAGAAAUGAUCCUGAUGUGGUUUGCGAAAAACCUAUUUGCCCAGAAAAGCACAUCUACAAAGAAUGUGGUCCCUCAAAUCCUGCAACUUGUUCUAAUGUGGCUCCUUUUCAAGACAUUGAAUGUGUGAGUGGUUGCACCUGCCCAGAAGGUUAUCUAUUGGAUGAUAUUGGAGAGAAAGGGAGAUGUGUGUUGAAGUCUGACUGUCCCUGUGAAUCUGGUGGAAAGGUAUAUCAGUCAGGAGAAGUCCGCGAAGGUUCUUGUGGUUCUGUGUGCACAUGCCAAGAAGCAAAGUGGUCUUGCACUGAAACAUUAUGCCCUGGGAGAUGUAAGAUAGAAGGAAGUUUGAUUACCACCUUUGAUGGCGUUAAAUACAACCAUCCUGGAAACUGUCACUUUUUGGCCAUCCAUGAUAAAGAUUGGUCUAUUAGUGUUGAGCUUCGUCCAUGUCCAAGUGGUCAGUCAGGAACGUGCUUAAAUAGUGUUACACUCCUCUUGAAUUCGUCUGCUCAAGUUGACAAAUACGUGUUCAAUAGAGAUGGAACAGUCACAAGUGACAAGCUUGGAGAUCAAGGUUAUUAUUAUUCAGACCAAAUACAGAUCUUCAAUGCAUCUUCCUCAUACCUUCAAGCAGAAACAUACUUUCAUGGAAAAAUGCAAAUUCAAAUUUUUCCUGUGAUGCAAUUGUAUGUUUCUGUGCCACCUAACCAAUUCACAGAUACUGUAGGACUCUGUGGUUCCCACAACAACAGAGCAGAGGAUGAUUUCAUGUCAAGUCAGAACAUAUUAGAAAAGACCUCUCAGGCGUUUGCUAGUUCUUGGGAAAUGAUGCCCUGUCCUAAAGCUAGCACUGCUUCUUGCAUCAGUAUAGAAAAAGAACGGUUUGCUGAAAGACACUGUGGAAUUCUUCUUGAUUUGACUGGUCCUUUUGCUUCUUGCCAUUCAAUCGUGGACCCUAAACCAUAUCAUGAGGAAUGCAAAAAAUACACUUGUACUUGUGAAAAUAGCCAAGAUUGCCUGUGUACAAUUUUAGGCAACUACGUGAAAGCAUGUGCUGAGAAGGAAACUUCCAUGGUAGGAUGGAGAACUGGGCUAUGUGAUCAAUCUUGUCCUAGUGGCCUAGUUUUCAAGUACAAUGUAAAAACCUGCAAUAGUUCUUGCCGAUCAUUGUCAGAGAGAGAUAAGAGCUGUGAUAUGGAAGGCAUUCCAGUUGAUGGAUGCACUUGCCCUGAUGAAAUGUACAAGAAUAAUGAAGGAAAUUGUGUUUCAAAAUCUCAGUGUGACUGCUAUAUAAAUGAUGAGGUCGUGCAACCAGGCAAACUCAUCCAUAUUGAUGACAACAAAUGUGUCUGCAGAGAUGGGAUUCUUCUUUGCCAGACUCCCAUUGAUUUAACACUACAGAAUUGUUCUGGAGGGGCUGAAUAUGUUGACUGUAGGAAUCCUAAGGCACAGAGGAGAGUUGAUACUACAUGUAGCACUCGGAACAUACCUACUUUUGAUGACAACUUGCCUUGCAAACGUGGGUGCUACUGUCCUGAAGGAAUGGUUCGAAAUUCUAAAGGGAACUGUGUUUUUCCUGAUGACUGCCCAUGCUCUUUUGGUGGACGAGAGUAUGACCAAGGAAGUGUCACCUCAGUCGGCUGCAACAAAUGUACUUGCAUAAAAGGAUCUUGGAACUGUACACAAAAUGAAUGUCAAACCACCUGUCAUAUCUAUGGGGACGGUCAUGUUAGAACUUUUGAUGGAAAAAGUUACAGCUUUGAUGGUCUCUGCCAGUAUGCACUUAUCGAGGAUUAUUGUGGUCGUGAAAAUGGCACAUUCCGUAUUUUAACUGAAAGCGUCCCAUGCUGUGAGGAUGGACUUACAUGCUCGAGAAAAAUUAUAGUUGCUUUUCAGGAUCAAAAUAUUGUCUUGCAUGAUGGUAAAGUUACAGCAGUCAAAACUACAGAAAGUAAGGAAUGUGAACUCAAUGGAAAUUCAUACUCUGUUCAUACCGUUGGCCUGUACUUGAUUCUGAAAUUUUUAAACGGAAUAACUGUAAUUUGGGACAAAAAUACAAGAAUUUCUGUUAUACUGGAUCCACGCUGGAAUGGUCAGGUGUGUGGUCUCUGUGGAAAUAACAAUGGUGAUCUGAAGGAUGAUUUCACCACGAGAUACUCAUCAGUAGCUGCUGGAACACUGGAAUUUGGAAAUAGUUGGAAAACAAGUCAAGAAUGUUCAGACACAGUUGCUCAAACCUUCCCAUGUGACUCAAAUCCAUACUGUAAAGCCUGGGCUGUGCGGAAGUGUGAGAUCAUUCGAGACAGCACCUUCAGAGAGUGCCACAAUAAGGUGGACCCCACUGAGUACUAUGAUGCGUGUAUUGAGGAAGCCUGCGCCUGUGACAUGGAGGGGAAGUACCUGGGAUUCUGCACGGCGGUGGCAAUGUACGCAGAGGCGUGCAGCGCAGUCGGAGUCUGUGUCACAUGGAGAAAACCAGAUCUCUGUCCUGUCUACUGUGAUUAUUAUAAUGCACCUGGGGAAUUCAGCUGGCAUUAUGAACCCUGUGGCACAGUGACUGCCAAAACAUGCAAAGAUCGAGUAAUUGGCCAGAAAUUUUCUGCACUUUUAGAAGGCUGUUAUGCCAAAUGCCCGGACAGUGCUCCCUACCUGGAUGAGAACACUAUGAAGUGCGUCAGUUUGGCUGAGUGCACCUGCUUCUAUAAUGAUAUCGUGCCAGCCGGUGGAGUGAUUCAAGACAACUGUGGGAGAACAUGCUAUUGCAUCGCAGGAGAAUUGGAGUGCAGUGUUUCUACUACAACAGCUACCUCCAUACUAAGCACCGAAGCAGGUGUUACAAGAACUCCAGUUCCCAUCACUUCCACAGCUGGAAGUGUGGGCACCACAGAACCAGUGGGCCCCACCUUCACCACCUCUGGGCACACAUCAGGGUCAACUGGAGUGUCAGUAAGUGCGAUCACAGAAACUGAAGAUAGAAGCACAGGUGACACAGCCUUCAGAAUAGGAGGAACAGGAGGUCCUACUGCAUCAAUAAGAGGUGAGGAAGAUGGCACGCCUGGGCAACCAAUCACCGGAGCGACAAGCCCGGGAGAAUCAGAGACUACCAGAUCAUCAGCUGGUCAAACAACUGGAGAACCAAGCAGUGAAGUGACAGCAUCUGAAGGUACAACUGGAGGUGAAAAUGCUGCCACCACUGGAACUGCUCGUGAUAACACUUCUGGAGCAACAGGUACUGAAAGAACAUAA